ACACACAACUACAUAUUUAUAUAAAUCGAAGAUGUGUGACUUGCCUUGCAAUUACGAUCCGUGUUCGUGCAUGCGCACACUUCCCGAAAAGGGUCGUACGUUCACCACACUGUUGCUCCACUGUUGGCAGCGUGAGUACGAUAAGCGUCCGUAUAAAAACUUUCAGUUUCGCCGUUUGGACUUUGAGGAGCGCAUGAAUCGCGGUUACCACUGUAUACGUGAUUUUCGCACCAUUGUAAACUUCCUAAUGCAACGCCGUUUGUUUUCCGUUUCCGUUUGGAGCGUGGUAGUUAGCAAUAAGGAUGUUCGACUGCUGCAGGAUUUUGCACGCUCGCUGCAGAACGUGCCAAGGAUUGAGUUGAGACUCAUGCGACUGCCGCAUGAGUUUUUUGUGAUGCUUCGCCUGAGAGCGCACAUAAUGCAGCUGUCGGAUCUGAGCUUGGAGGGCACAACAUUAUCCUGUAAAGCUGCAAGCAUGCUCAGAGAAUUUUUGCUGGCCAGCAAAACGCUGCACACUCUAAACGUGUCCAGCUGCAGUUUGAGCCAGUAUAAUUUUGCCAUUGUGGCGGAUGGGGUGCACAAGUCCAGCAGCAUGCGCAAUUUCUAUGCUAGCCGUCUAAUUGGGGAGAAUCUAACGCUGGACACUGAGAAGAUUGCGUCGAUUGUGGGCUCGCUGCUAAUGCAAAACAAACUGGUCGAGCUGACAAUGCAGCAAUGCGAAUUUGUUGCCCAGGAUAUGGAGGUGAUAGCUGAAUAUUUGGUUAGUCCAAGAUGUGUGUUGCGUAAACUGAAUCUGGCCUACAAUUUAAUAUCUGCUGACGGGGCCAUGUUCCUCAUGGGUGGCAUUGCGAAAGGUGGCACACUGGAGCUGCUAGACAUUAGCGGCAAUUCGAUUGGGUCCCAUGGCGGCGAGUGGGUGGCCAAAUACUUCAGCUCCUGCUACAUGCUGCAGCAUUUGUAUUUAAAUGACAAUAAGAUCGAUGCCGAGGCCAUCAAUCUUAUACUGCUGACCCUUAAGAAGCCGUGCCGCAUGAAGCGACUGCAGUUGUAUGGCAACCUGUUUGAUGCACGCACUGCAAUGAUUAUGAGACGCCUGCUGGAUGCCAAAGUGGUUCUGCAGGAGGAGAUCGACAUUAGCUACACGUACGACGAGGCGUUGCAGGACUAUCGCAUUGUGCCCUGGCGCUAGAAAUGGGGGUUUCAUGUGUUUUUUGUUCCUAAUGUGCGAUAUUGAAUACAUAAAUCUAUUUAGUGAUGCAAAUAUUUAUUGUGAUGAAGAUUAGAGCAGGCAACUAGCGUUGAGGCAAGGAAAAAGCCUAGAAAGUAAAAUGUUUUGAACACAAACCCGGAGCUAUCGCUUAUGUACAUUUUGAGCAUCACCAAUUUUAGCAACAAUACAAAACCGAUAGUGAAUGCUAAAAAUAAUUGUAA